UUCAAAGGAAAUUUCCAGGAUCAUUCAUUCAAUUAUUUCACCGGCCUAGCUUCGGAAUCUUUUCUUACAUAUAAAAGCGUACGUCUAUAUAUAUUAGUCAUCAUGAACAAAUAUAUAUAGUACUAAUAGGUCAUUACUCAUAAAAAUGGCAGCCUCCUCCCUUUCCAUUUCCAAUAUACCGAUAGUAGCGUGGGCUAUCUGGAUCUUUUUAUGCGGAAACUGUUUGGAUAAUGCACUUCAUCAGCUUGUUAACGUUGCAGCAGCAUCUAGAUCAAUAUCUGCCCUUCAAAUUGAACAAGUCAAGGCUUUGCACGAGACUGGGUGGUGGCCGUCCAGUACUAAUUAUUCAAGUGCUUGCGACUGGAAUGGUAUUACUUGCAACGAUGGAGGAAGCGUCACAAGCAUCGAUAGAUCUGAUCAAGGUUUGAGAGGUCAGUUGAAACUCAACUUCUCUUUCUUCCCAAAUUUAGAAAGUCUUCAUCUCCGUUGGAACAACCUUACGGGGCUCAUCCCACUUGAGAUAGGGAUGCUGAAAAAUCUGACCUCUUUAUCCCUUUAUUCGAACAUGCUCGUCGGUCCAAUCCCUUCCACAAUUGGUCAUUUAACUAAUUUGGAACAUUUGGACCUUGGUUUAAAUAAAAUCAAUGGAUCCAUUCCCCCCGAAAUAGGGAUGCUGAAAAAUCUGACCUCUUUAUAUCUUGAUUCGAACAUGCUCGUCGGUCCAAUCCCUUCCAAAAUUGGUCAUUUAACUAAUUUGGAAUAUUUGUACCUUGGUCAUAAUAAAAUCAAUGGAUCCAUUCCUCCCGAAAUAGGGAUGCUAAAAAAUCUUAGCCUUUUAUUCCUUUCAUCGAACAUGCUCGUCGGUCCAAUCCCUACCACUCUGGUCCAUUUAACUAAUUUGGAAUAUUUAGACCUUGGUCGUAAUAAAAUCAAUGGAUCAAUUCCUCCCGAAAUAGGGAUGCUGGAAAAUCUUACCCAUUUAGACCUUAGUUCGAACAUGCUCGUCGGUCCAAUCCCUUUCAUCUGGGAUAAUUUAACUUAUUUGAAUUAUUUAGACCUUAGUGUAAACGACUUAACUGGAAGCAUUCCCUAUCAUGAGCGUAACCUUUAUUGGGUGACACAUGUUAACCUUAGUCACAACUUUUUAAGCGGAGAAAUACCCAUUGCACUAGGGAGUAUUGCACUAGCGCGCCAUCUCCAGAGUUUGGAUCUUAGCUACAAUAAUUUUACAGGCAACAUUCCCUCUUCCCUCAUUGAUAUACAUACACUCGACUUGUCACACAAUUAUUUGAAGGGUCAAAUUCCAGACGGUUUUGAUAAGCAUCAUAAAUCCCACACAUUAAUUGGCAAUAGAGAUUUAUGUGGUCAAUUCAAGAUUUUCCCUCCAUGUCCCAAAAGCAAAAAAUCAAUCACAACCAAAAUAGAAAUUUUUGCUCCCAUCACCACUUUCCUCAUAUUCCUAGUUAUUGGAGGUAUUCUCUUGUCUCGUUGUGUGUUCAAAGAAAAUCAACUUGAGUUAAGAGAAUCUAAGAAUGGAAACAUAUUCUCGAUAUGGAAUUAUGAUGGACAUAUUGCAUAUGAAGACAUUAUUGAAGCAACCGAGGAUUUUGACAUCAAACAUUGCAUUGGAACUGGUGGUUAUGGUAGCGUUUACAAAGCUGAAUUACCAAGUGGAAAUGUGGUUGCCUUAAAGAAGCUUCAUCAGAGAGAAGUUGAGAAUCCAGUUUUCUGUAAGAGUUUUAUAAAUGAGGUGAGAGUGUUAACAGAGAUUCGACAUCGAAAUAUUGUGAAGCUGCAUGGGUUCUGUGUACAUAAAAGAUGCAGAUUUUUAAUUUAUGAGUACAUGGAAAGGGGAAGCCUAUUUUGUGUCCUAAGAAAUGUUGAUGAAGCUAUGGAACUAGAUUGGAGCAAGAGGGUAAACAUCAUCAAAGGCACAGCACACGCCUUAUCUUACAUGCAUCAUGAAUGCAUCCCAGCAAUUGUUCAUAGAGAUAUAUCAACCAACAACAUUUUGCUUAAUUCUGAAUUGCAAGCUUUUGUCUCUGACUUUGGAACUGCUAAACUUAUUGAUCCUAACUCCUCCAAUCAAACAUUGGUUGCUGGCACUUAUGGUUACAUUGCCCCAGAGUUUGCCUACACAAUGAUAGUUACUGAAAAAUGUGAUGUAUAUAACUUUGGAGUGGUGGCACUAGAAGUAUUAAUGGGAAGGCAUCCAGGAGAACUCUUGUCCUCAUUAUCAUCAUCAUCAUCAUCAUCAUCUCAAAACAUGAUGCUAAAUGAAAUAUUAGACCAACGCCUGCCACCUCCAAAUCGUCUAAUUGGACAAGAUAUUUUGCUCGUCGCUACAAUAGCAUUUGCAUGCCUUCACACUCAGCCAAAGUCUCGGCCUACAAUGAAAUGUGUGUCACAAGAAUUUCUCUCUCACAAAAAGCUGAAUGUCAUACCCUUGACUACGGUUUCAAUCUCGCAACUGAGGAAACAAGCAACAUAUAUGGUUGGAUCAGGAUUUGCUUAUUGUUAGGAUGUUACGUGUGUUGUCAAUGUGUGAUUUACAUUUCUCAGUCUUUUUUCAAGAAAAAUAUUAUUUGUAAAAUUCAGUCAAAUCACCCCAUAAACCUAAAGUACUGACUUUUCAUGGUUCGAAGCGGCUGAAAAUUGAAAUAGAAUGGGGUCGAUGUGUUUGUAUGAGAUAAGUGUGCAAAUAUAAAAUAAAAGUGAAUUAAAUAAAAUCUCAUAGAGAAUUUCAGCAGAUUCA